UCUUACCAAAUGAAAAUGAAUCUCCAAGUAAUUCUUAUGACCGCUUGCGUGGCUGUUGCUUUCAGUUCUCCAAUAGAACUUGAGGAGAAACUACGUACUCUGUUUGCUGAUGAGAAAGAAUUAAGUUUGAAAGGCUUGGGAGUAUCAACACGCGGAACAGGGACGGGAAGUUUAUUGACUAAAACGGAGAAGAGCACAAUUCUCAAGCUUCACAGACAGGCUCGUAAUGAUGUUCAACCAGCAGCAUCUAACAUGCAGAAAAUGACAUGGAGCAAGCAACUGGCCUCUGUUGCCCAGGCUUACGCUGAUAAAUGCAUCUGGGGUCACAACAGUGCAAGGUCAUCACAGGCUAACAGUUUCAGCUACGUCGGUGAAAAUCUUUACGUUACAACAAGUUCUACUGGAUAUUUGGACAAAAGUGUUGCGUCAUGGGUGAAUGAAAAGAAAGACUAUGAUUAUGCAUCUAAUUCAUGCAGUGGUGUUUGUGGACACUAUACGCAGGUUGUCUGGGCUGACAGUACGAAAGUUGGAUGUGCAGUAGGAAGUUGUCCUUCUAUGUCUAAUUUGCCCUCUUACUUCACGAAUGCCAAAUUUGUUGUAUGCAACUAUGGACCAGGUGGUAAUUUCAAUGGGAGAAAACCUUACGAAGAAGGCACAACUGCCAGUAAUGAUAAUGGAUCCGCGGGGACAGCCAGCAAUGAUGACGAAUCAGCAGGAACAUCCAGCGACUGCAACUAGAAAGAAGAUGUGUACACACAGAAUGAUUUGAAGAAACCCGGCAGCUUGACAUCUACCAUAUUUUCUCCUCAAC